CCACUUCGGUCAACCUUGUUUACUUCUCACUCCUCCUUCUUUUCAACUCCACCAUUCUCUUUUCUUCCAACUUUUGCUUCGUUUUUCUCUUCUCUUCUCUCACACCACAAUUCUCUCUCUCUCUCUCUCUCUCUCUUCCAAGAUAGCUCCCACCUUGUAGCCAGGUUCAGAUGCUUUGUUUCCAUGUUUUUCCUUCAUGGGGUUCUCUUGAGAUGAAUUGUUGAGUGGUAUAUGCUGUUUUAUUUUGGGUUUGGCUUCAAUUUGGAGUGCAUGAAAUGGCUUCUCUUUUGAGAAAACUAAGGCCUUCUGUUCCUCAUGUUGCUGUGGAAACUGAAGACAGCAUAAGCAGCUAUGAGUACUCCCUUGCUGUAGUCUACACUGGCCCUCCUCUCAGUUGCUCCAUUCCUGAAAUCCCUGCUUUUAAGAUUGACCAAAUCCCAGUAGCAACCAUUGCUCCUCUCUCUCAUGAUGACUUCUCACUCCCCGUUAUCCAACCUCUUGGCAAAAUCCACAACAAAAGGAUAACAGAUUCUGCUAUCCCUUCAUGUUUGAACUCUCGUGUAAUUAAAUCACCAUCUCUACAGGAUAGUGUUAAUGGCGAGAGUUCAAACACCUUAUGUUUAGAUUCUUGUACAAUCAAAUCAUUACCAUUACCAUGUGAUGGUAUUGGUGACGAAAUACACGAGAAUCGAGACACUUUGAAAGUACCUAAUGUUAGAGAUGGAAUAUUUCUGCCAACAACUUCUGACACAACAGAAUCAGGUCCAGGUUCAGGUUCAGGCUCAACCUCUCUUUUUGCUUCUUCUGAUGAGAUUUCUUCAUUCAGAGAGGAUGAGCAAACUCCAACUCCGAAACAUGCGAAACGUGUUUCUGUGACAUUCUGUGAUCCCGAGUCAAACUUCACGAUGGAGACAGAUAGUGAUGAGCUUGGUGAUUCUCGGUUUGAGAGCGUUCCUGUGAUGACACCAGCACGUGCUGUGAGGCCUGGGAAGAAGGGUUCCUGCUAUAAGUGCCUGAAGGGGAACAGGUUCACCCAGAAGGAGGUUUGCAUUGUUUGUAGGGCAAAGUAUUGCCGCAGCUGUGUGGUGAAGGCCAUGGGGUCAAUGCCUCAGGGAAGAAAAUGUGUGACUUGUAUUGGUUACAGAAUUGAUGAGAGCAAGAGGAGGAAGCUGGGGAAGUCUUCUCGGAUGAUGAAACAGUUGCUGUCUGAGUUGAUUGUGUCUCAAGUCAUGCGUGAUGAAAGGUCUUGUGAGGCAAAUCAAAUACCUCCAGAGCUUGUUUGUGUCAACUUGCAACCCCUGAAUAGGGAACAGCUUUUGUUGCUCCUCUACUCUCCAAACCCACCAAAACAACUCAAACCAGGAUCCUAUUGGUAUGAUAAAGCUUCUGGAUUUUGGGGAAAGGAAGGUCAACCGCCUAGUGAGAUUAUCAGCCCCCAGCUGGAUGUUGGGGGUCGCUUGCACAGACAUGCAAGCAAUGGAAACACCAAAGUUACUAUAAAUGAUCGUGAGGUUACGAAUAAAGAAAGAUUUAUACUGAAGUUGGCUGGAGUGCCGUGCGAAGGAACACCUAACUUUUGGCUGAAUUAUGAUGGAUCAUACAGGGAAGAGGGACAGAAGAAUGAUAGAGGGCGUAUAUGGGACAAGUGGCAAGCAAGGUUUGCUUCUGUAAUUCUGUCAUUGCCAGUUCCUUCAAAGUCUGUAGCUCUUGCGUAUGAAAGUGAAACAGCUAAUAAAGAGAGCCUUAGUCAGAAUAUACUUCACAAAUUUCUACUUGUUGGCUCUGUCAAUUCUGGUGCAUGUACUAUAUUUAAACAGGCCAAGCUUCUGUACAAUGUUCCUUUCUCUGAAAAUGAGCUCCAAAAUAUUAAGUUGGUGAUCCAAAGCAACCUGUUUACCUACCUUGGUAUACUGCUGGAGGGGCGUGCAAAUUUUGAAGAAGAGAGUUUGUUGGAGAAUAGGAAAAGAUGUCAUGUUGAUGAAUCAUCUUCAUCAGCAGGGAAUAUCUGCAGUGAUGAUGUUGAAACAACAACCUAUUCCAUUGGUCCGCAACUGAAAGCUUUCUCAGAUUGGCUACUAAAAUGCAUGGUGUCUGGUAACCUGGAUGCAAUAUUUCCAGCUGCUACACGUGAAUAUGGGGCACUGGUGGAGGAUUUGUGGAGGGAUAAAGCCAUUCAGGCGACAUAUGACAGGCGAAAUGAACUUAAAUUGCUACCUAGAAGUGCAAACUAUUUUCUGGACCGUGCUGUUGAAAUUUCCAAGAUAGACUAUGAACCAUCUGAUAUGGACAUCUUGUACGCUGAGGGGAUAUCGUUAACCAACAGCCUUGCUUCAAUGGAAUUUUGUUUUCCCAAGUCAGGCAGUGAGGAGUCUUUGUAUCCUGAGUAUCAACAUGAGUCUUCUCUCAGAUACCAACUGAUCAGAGUACAUCCUACGAGUCUUGGAGAAAAGUGCAAGUGGUUGGAGAUGUUUGAAGACACUGAUGUUGUAAUCUUCUCGGUUGCCUUAUCUGACUAUAAUGAGUACACCACAGACAGUAAAGGAGUUUCUACCAACAAAAUGCUGGUAGCUAAAUCUCUCUUUGAAAACAUCAUUGCUCAUCCAACCUUCAAAAACAAAAAGUUUCUUUUGGUACUGACCAAAUUUGAUCUGCUCGAGGAAAAGAUUGAACACAUUCCUCUAACACAAUGUGAAUGGUUUAGUGACUUCCAUCCAUUUAUUAGUUUCAAUCACAAGAGAGGAUGCAGCAGUAGUAGUAACAAUAACAAUAACCCUUCAUUAGCUCAAUCUGCUUUUCAAUACAUUGCUGUCAAGUUUAAGAGAUUGUUCUUUUCUCUCACUAGCCGAAUUCUCUUUGUUUCACUGGUUAAUGGGUUGGAACGUGAUACCAUUGAUGAAGCUCUCAGAUAUGGAAGGGAGGUUAUGGAGUGGGAAAAAUGGGAUCCCUCUUUUGUAACUGAUCCAAAGUCUGACAUUACUUCAAGCUUUGACGAGCCAAGUUCCUCAUAAUGUUAAUUUCCUCCAAAAUAUUUGUAUAGAGAAACUUUGUUCAUACAAUAAAGUGAAGGAUUCAUAAAAUUUUGACUAGAUUCAUUAGGCUGGACCCCAAUAUUCAAUUUUGAUCAUGUUCAUGUGGGUCAUAGUCUUGCGAAAUUAUAUGUAUAGACACAUUUGUACACCAUGAAACAUAAAGGGAAAGAACAGAGAAAAGGGUUGGCCAUUUUGUCAUCUUUGAUAUGAAUUGAAGAGUCAUUUGUCUUCUGUUUUUGUCACGACAAGAACAUAAUGUUCAUUUGUUUGCCAAAAAUAUCUUUCAAUAUGAAAGAUGCUGUUUAUUCGUUCUUAUGCUCCAAUUUAGUCCUUGUCUGCAUAAAGAUAGCAUAGCCACUUAGUAAUGUACGAAUACACUUUCCAUGUCUUCCACUGAACCUAUCCUGAUAUUUUUUAGGAUUGUCAAAUAUCUUGACGAGAGCACAACACUUUUACCCCAAUACUUGUAAGCUUUCAGGCUAAUAAUAGCAUGUAUACUAAAUUUCAUAAAAUGAAAUAAAAAAAAGCAAGAACAGAGUGUAUUUGAUUUC